CCCUCCGACUCCUCCCCAACCUCCCCUCAUCCCUCCCCUCAUCCCUUCCCUCCCCUUCCCUCAGGGUCGCCCUGUCUCCUAGCAGGAACCUUCCUCUCUCUGCAGUUUGCCCCGGAGGCUUUGGAGAAGCAGACACUUUUAGAAGAAGGAAUCUGGAGGGAGGCUAGCCGGUGACCUGGACUCCUCAGAGCUCCUGGGACUGAAUAAUAGAGUCCAGCCGUUCGGGGCCGGUAUAGGCACAGGGGUGAGGUGGUGACCUUUGGGGGUCCCUUACCACUCCCAGAGUGACUCUCUGUGUGCCCCAUCGGCUUGUCAGAGGUGCAGCCCACCUCUCUUGUCAGAGCUGGUUGCUGUUUAACCAGAGAUUGCGCUGGGGUUUCUGAAGUCGGGACCGCAGCCAGGAAGGACCAGCUAAAACCGGUGUGGGAAAUCCAGCCGCUGACCCCGGCCGCUUCUCCUCCCGAGGCUUCCCGCCCGGCCGAGUCCGUCUGGCCGUCCGAGGGGCGAUGCCGCCGGCCAACAGACCGGCCUCCGGGCCCCUGGGAGGGCUCCUCAGCCAGGUGGAGCUCUGCCUGGUCUGCUCCCGCUGCAGCGAGCGGGUGAACGAGAGCACGUACACCCUGCGGGAGGUGGAGCACGCCUGCCCGCGGGAGAUCCUGCUGGCCCGGGCCAGGAAAGCCAAGAAGCAGGAGGAGUGGCGGAAGGUGGGCCGGAGGCCGGACUUCCCCCGGCCGGCCCGUUACGAGGUCUGCCGGUACUACAGCCCCCGGGAAGGAUGCCGGAAGCAUCGCAAUCAGUGCACCUUUGCCCGCAGCCCCGAGGAGGCUCUGGUCUGGACCUUCGAGAGGGAGCACAACGUCAAGAGGCUGUGGCUCAAGGCCGAGGUGCAGGGAGCCCAAAGCCAGGCCGCCUGCGCCCCUACUAGGGCCUCCGGCACGGGGGAGGAGAUCCGGACUGAGUUCGGGGGACACUUCCGGGAGGUCUGCAAGCCCUGCUUCCACCAGCGCCCGGCCAGAAUCUUGGCCGUGGGCCCCGGGGAGCAGUGCCCCGAGCACAAGACUCGACAGCCCGUCCUGGUGCACGUGACGGGCGAGAGCAGGAGGAAGAGGCAGUACACGGAGAUCAGGCCCCUGCCCAAGGCCGGGCAGCAGCUGGACUUCUGCAUGUACGUCUCGCGGGGACAGCAGUGCCGUCACGGCGCCUCCCGCUGCCACUACGCCCACAGCGACGUGGAGAUGGCGGUGUGGGAGGCCGAGCGAGCCGGGAGGCUCACGCGCUCGGCUCUGCUCCCGGCCGAGGGGACGGCGGGUCCAGAGGCGGCGGCCGAGGCGGCGGGGGACGGGGAGGCGGCCCACGGGGCCAGCAGAGGCCCGGUCACCUGCCCCAAGGUGCAGCUCUAUUGCCCUGCUUGCCUGGUGACCUGCAGCUCCCAGGAGAACUUUGAGAACCACUGUGCCACCCUGGAGCACACGCAGAUGGUCUCCUACGACCAGGUCCCCCAAUGGCAGCACCGGGCACCGCCCUUCGGGCUGACCAAGUUCAAGCUCUGCAGCAGGCCGGACAUCUGCGUCUACGGAAUGGGCUGUACGCAGGCCCACUCCCUGGAGGAGCUGCAGGAGUGGAUCCAGCGGGCCCAGGCCACCAGGACCAAGACCGACUCGGCCCGGCAGGACGGGCUGCUCUCCUACCCGGACCGGCUCAUCUUCGACUACCAGCGCUGCAGCAACGAAGUCCUCGUUAUAUCCGAGGAGGUGGAGAACGUGGUGGUGCUCUGCAAGCAGCCCCUCAGUGUCCAUUCGGAAGACAGGAGGCUGCAGUACAAAUGGACUUUUGUCCUCAGCUCCAAGGACCCGCUGUUGCACGUGGCUCUUCUGAAGAGGUUGACCGGGGCCACCUUCUCCCUUGUGGCCAACGGGCUUCAGCGGGGAGUGCGCUAUGCUCAGGGGGAGCGGUUCCACGUGCCAGGCACCGCGCUGACCUUCCAGGUAGAGGUUCGGAUGGACUGCAUGGCCUUCGGCGCCUAUGAACAGUGGGUGGUCUUUGACUUUGGCCACCGCCCCGUCCUGCUGCAGAAGUUACAGGUGACGGUGGGCCGGCGGGACGGCCCCUCGUCCAGGGCCGCCCAGCGGGAUGAGGGCCGCUUCGUGGACUUGACCCGCUGGCACGGGGGAAACCGACACAUCAUUCCCAGCUUGGAGAGGACCAGCGACGAGAUGCAGCUGCUGGCCAAGUACAAGGUGCCCGCGCUUGCCCUGGAGUUUCGGCCGGGCAGCCUGGCCCAGGGCCCAGCCACCCGCUUCAACUAUCGCGAGAAGAUGCACCACUUCCUGUACCUGGAGGAGGAGACCCAGCAGCAGCUUGUGGCCAAGCUCAACCUCCAGGUCACGGUCUCGCUCACGUCGAUGCUGCAGACGCUUGCCGUGGGCAUGAAGUUUGCGCCCCCUGGGGAGCUGUAUGCCGAGGUGCCCAUCCCCUGCGCCCUGACGCCGGACACCGAUCAGGGCUACCUGUUGAGCCGGGCGGUCAACACGGCCUACUUGGCACCCGUCCCUGCGCCAGACAACCUGGUGUAUGAGGUUUGCUUGGAGGGCAAAGCCACGACCGAACGCAGCGUGUGGCUACAGCUGCCCGCCCGUUGCUGCACUAAAAUGGACCUGCGGGCAGGGACCACCUGCCACGUGGAGGUCCAGUUCCAGAUUGACCGGCUCCUGUUCCGACAGUGGCACCAGGCCGUGGACACCCUCAUGGACGAGAAGCUGGUGGUGCCCGACGUGCCCGCCUGCUCCCUGCCCCGACUGAAGCCGCCCCCGGCGAACCUCAACGGCAACCGGAAACAGAAGCUGGCCAUCUCGUUCAUCACGGGGGAGGCCGCUGGCAUCCGCCAGGUGCCCCCUCUUCUCAUCUACGGUCCUUUCGGGACGGGCAAGACCUACACCCUGGCCAUGGCCACUCUGGAGAUCAUUAAACAGCCCCAAACCAGGGUGCUGAUCUGCACCCACACCAACAGCGCGGCCGACAUCUACAUCCGGGAGUACUUCCACGCUUACGUCACGGACGGGCACCCCGAGGCCGUCCCGCUGAGGGUCAAACCCAGCGACCGCUCCAUCAGCCAGACCGACCCGACCACCCUGCAGUACUGCUGCCUCGCCGAGAACCCACGCUCUUUCCGCCGGCCCACCCUGGCCGAGAUCGACCAGCACCGCAUCAUCAUCACCACCACGACCUACUCUCGGGACCUCCGCGUGCCCACCGGCUACUUCUCUCACAUCCUCAUCGACGAGGCGGCGCAGAUGCUGGAGUGUGAGGCGCUGAUCCCCCUGGCCUACGCCACCCUGGACACCCGCAUCGUGUUGGCCGGAGACCACAUGCAGGUGACCCCCAAACUCUUCUCCGUGGGAAACGGGCAGUCGGCGGAUCACACCCUGCUGAACCGACUCUUCCAGUACUACCAGCGAGAGAAGCACGAGGUGGCGAUCCAGAGCCGGGUCAUCUUCCACGAGAACUACCGCUCCACCGAGGGCAUCAUCUCCUUCGUCUCCCGGCACUUCUACGUGGCGAAGGGCAACGCCAUCCAGGCCAGCGGCCGCAUCCCUCCCCACCCCGAGAAGUACCCGCUCAUGUUCUGCCACGUGGCCGGCACGCCGGAGCGGGACAUGUCCAUGACCUCGUGGUUCAAUGCCGCCGAGAUCCUGCAGGUCAUCGAGAAGGUGCAGGACGUGUACAAGACCUGGCCCUGCGAGUGGGGGACCCCGGAGUUCAAGCGGAUCUGCGUGGUGUCCCACGGGAUGCAGGUGAAUGCGAUACGGCAGGAGCUGAGGAAGAAGCACUUGGGAGAAGUGGCGGUGGAGAACUUCGAGAACCUGCCAGGGCGGGAGUUCCGAGUGAUCAUCGUGAGCACCGUCCACAACAGAGACAGCCUCCUCAGCACCUCCGCCCCCAACCUGGAGUUCUUCAGCGAAGCCCGCGUGCUCAACACGGUGAUGACCCGGGCCCAGUCCCAGGUCAUCGCCGUGGGGGACGCCGUAGCCCUCUGCUCCUUCGGCCAGUGCAGCAAGGUCUGGAAGCAUUUCAUCCAGGAGUGUAUCGAGAAGGGCAGCGUGUCUCCAGAGGGCCUGACCCUGGAACAGAUCAAGCAGAACGUAGCCGAAAGGCAGCGCUGGGCCAGGAGCAACGGAGAGCAGGCGGAGGAGCAGGAAGACGAGGAAGACAGCGACGCUCUCUCGUGGUCGUCGGACGCCGAGCUCAACACGGACGACCCCAUCCUCCGGGAGCUGCUGGACGAGAGCAAGAACGUGGUGGUGACCGUGACCGAAGACGGCCUGCUGGACGUGAAGACGGAGACCUCCUCCCGGCUGUCCAGCCGGCAGGAGUACAUCAGCUUCCCCGCCUCGACGCUGAAUAAGUACCUGCGCAUGCACCCCAAGAUGUACAAGAGGUGCGAGCUGGUCAAGGAGGCCUUCGAGAAGGCGUCCGCGUUCAGCCUGGACGACUCCCCUCCCCUCAACAUUCAGAUCAAAGGCCGGGUCAACUGCGGCACGGCGUUCACCGGGGACCGGGUCCUGGUGGAGCUGCUGAGUCCCGGCUCGGAAGACGGGGUGUCGCCCCGCCCCCACGGCCGCGUGGUGGGCGUCCUGGAGAAGGCGGAGAAGGCGCGCACCUUCAUCUGCAAGAUGGAUGAGUUCGACCACCGGGUGAUGAUCCCCAUCGACCCCUCGGUCACCAAGAUCUUCGUGCCGGUGGUGAAAACCAAGCCCAACCUGGUCCCCAUCCGCCGCUUCAGCCGGGGGAAGAUCCAGCUGGUCAGCUACGAGAGGAUCACCGAGGAGACCAAGAGGAACCAGCUGUUCCACGUCCAGAUCAUCUCCUGGCGGGAGAGGUUCUACUACCCCCUGGGCAUCAUUCUGGAGAUCCUGCCCCUGGCGCUGACCCUGGAGCAGGGGUUGAAGAUCCUGGACAUGGAAUACUGCGUGGCCCCCAACCGGAAGUACCCGGCUCCGGUGACUAAGGAGGUGGCCAAGUUCAACUCGGGCAAGGCCGCCGUCACCCUGGGGCCCCGGCAGGACUGCCGCCAGUACGUGACCUUUACCGUGGACCCCCGGGGCUCUCGGGACCUGGACGACGCCAUCAGCGUGCGGGACCUGGGCAGCCAUUACGAGAUCGGGGUCCACAUCACCGACGUGGCCAGCUUCGUGCCCAAAGACGGGGCCUUGGACAAGGAGGCGAAGAAGCGGGGGGCCACCUACUACGCCCCGGGCAAGGAGCCGGUGGGCAUGUUCCCCCCGCAGCUGAGCCAGGACUUCUGCAGCCUCCUGCCCCAGCGGGACCGCCAGGCCAUCUCCCUGCUGCUCACCGUGGAGAAGAACGGGGACAGAGUGGCCAAGCAGGACAUCACCUCUUCCGUCAUCCGCUCGGACCGGCAGCUGACCUACGAGGAAGCCGAGGUGCUCAUCAAGAGCCACCCCGGGGGCGCCCCGCUCCGGUUCGACACCUUGGAGGACUGCGUUUUCGUGGCCUACCACUUCUCCCACGUGUCCCGGAGGGCCCGCCUCCAGGGCGACUGCUACUACGAGCAGCUGGACGAAGAGAACUCCCUGGGGAACCGGGGCUCCCACCAGAUGAUCCAGGAGUACAUGAUCAUGUUCAACAGCUUUGUGGCCGAGUUCCUGACCAAUAAGGAGAACACCAGGAACAUCACCCCUCUCCGGUGCCAGGCCCAGCCCAACCCGCAGCAGGCGGUGCAGCUGAGGAACAAGUACAGCCACCUGUUGCCCAUGUCCAUCCACCUCUCCCAUCACCUCCGGGCCCCGGCGGCCUGCCGGGCCCCGGCGGCCAGCCCGGCCCCGGCGGCCGGCUCCGGGUUCGGCCUCCUCACCCCGCUGUGGGAGCACCUGCAGCUCGCCGCCCGGAGCCGGGACUACCACAAGAUGGUGGACCUCAUCGCCACCGACGACAUCCACCCGAAGCUGGCCCCGGCCAGCUUGGAGUUUCGCAAGUUGCUGAGCCGUUCCUACUUCAGCCGCUCCAACUCCACGGUCCUGGCCCAGGUGGGCCACUACUCCCUGCAGGUGGAAUGGUAUACCUGGGCCUCGUCCCCCAUCCGCCGCUACAUCGACCUGGUGCUGCAGAGGCAGCUCCUCGCCGCCCUGGGCUGGGCUCCUCUCGGCUACUCCUCCGACGACAUCGACUUCCUGUGCCACGACUUCAACAGGAAGAACGGGAGGGCCCUGGCUUACGAGAGGCGGGCCCACUCCCUGCAGCUGGCCACCCAGCUCAAGGGUCAAGUGCUCCAGAAGCUGGCCUUCGUGGUCAACGUGGAGCCGGAAAACCGCUUCUUCAAGGUGGUCUUCCCCAUGAACCGGGACACCCUGCCCGACCCUCACCUGAUCUACUACCGGGCGCUGCAGUUGGUCGAGCAGCCGGGCUUCGCCUCCAGGGACCAGAGCAUUAAGCUGAUGUGGAAGAGGAGGGUCUACUCCGUGGAGACCGGCAAGGCGUGCGCCCCGCUCCCCGGGAAGCUGCUGGACGACCAGAUCACCCCCGUGAGCCCGUCCGUCUGGAGCGACGUCCUCUCGGCCGUCCGGGCCGAGGACUUCGGGCGGGCGGCCUCGCUGCUCCAGGUGAAGCAGGCGCCGCCUCGCCGGACGGUCGGGCUCGUGGCCCGGAGCAAGUGCUCUCACUACCUGGAACUGUCCCUGGAGCUGUGUGCCGGGGAUGCCUUGACCAUGCAGCUGACCUCCGACGUCCAGCGAGGCUUCCUGGUGCCCUCCAUCCAGCUCUGGAGCCUGACCCCGGGGUUCGCCGUGUGUCUGGAGCAUGCGGAGAAGCCCGUGGACUGCUUUACCCGCUACGCCACCCAGGCCACCAGGGACACGUACAAGGACGCCCGGGAGUACUCCAGGGUCUGGGAACCUCUCUGUGCCAUGGAGUCGGCCACCAGCGCCGUGGCCGAGAACGACCCCAUCGUCCUGCGGGACGUCCAGAUCGCCUGGGACCAGAAGAGGAAUCGUCAGGGACAGCUUCAGGGGGCCUUUUCCAUGGAGAAGGAGUUCCUAGAGGCCUGUGCCAUCGAUAUCAACUUCACUUUUUGCUACCUCUGCAUCCGGCUGGAGGGGCUGAAGCUUGGGACCCCGUCGAAGGAGGAGGAGGAAGAAGAGUGCCUGAGCGGCAGUCUCCAGAAGCUCAGUUUGUCCGGGGGGGCCGCCGCCGCCUCCCCGACGGCCGGCUCCGGGCUCCGCAUCGACCCCUACACCUACACCUGGGUGGCCCACGGCCAGACCGAGGAGGUGGACGCUGACGAAUCCAAGGCCGACAAGAGGGAACAGAGGCACAAGGUGCAGUUCUGUUUGAACCACGUGUCCAUGGAGCACAUGCCUCCGGAGGUCACCCGGGCCGGGGCCAAAUUCACCAUUGAGCUCAUCCCCAAACUCCUCCCUGAUGUCCGGAGGGAAGAGGCCAUUUGGAAACUCUCUUGGUCACCUCCCCUUGUCAACAGUAUCGCCCUGGGCCAGCCACUUAAGGAAGCGGUGACUAAGUCAAGCCUCCUGAAACUGAGGAUCUUUGAUGUCCCCCGGGGACAGCACAGGCUCAACAAGAGCCAGAACAGCGCCGUGCUGGAGGCCCUGCAGAAACCCUUCACCCUCAUCCAGGGCCCUCCAGGCACUGGGAAGACUGUGGUUGGAGUCCACAUUGUGUACUGGUUUCACCAACUGAACCAGGAGAAGCAGCGAGAUUGGAAGCCCCUGGAAGGCGAGAAGAAGAAGAAGGAGACAAAGGAGAAAUGCAUCCUGUACUGUGGGCCUUCCAACAAGUCUGUUGAUGUAGUCUCUGAAAUUCUGUUGAGGAUGAGGGCUUACCUGCGGCCUCUACGGGUGUACAGCGAGCAGGUGGAAGCCAUGGAGUUCCCUCCUCCCGGAAGCUGCCGGAACCUCUCCCGGAGACACAUUCGGGAAGGGAAGCCAAAGCCAGAGCUCAGGGACAUGAUUCUUCACCAUCGCAUCCGAAUGCCGUCCAACCCGUUUUUUAAUGAGCUCAUCGAGUUUGACAAGAGAGUGAAGAAAGGAGAUCUGUUUCUGAGUGGUGAAAUUGAAAUAUUUAAGACAGUUCUCUCAAAGGCCAAAAUGUACGAGCUGUCCAGACAUGAUGUCAUCCUCUGCACCUGCUCCUGUGCGGCCUCCAACAUCCUGACCAAGCUGAACACCAAGCAGAUCCUCAUCGAUGAGUGCAGCAUGUCCACGGAACCCGAGACGCUCAUCCCUCUGGUCAACCAUUCCCGGGCUAAGAAGGUGGUGUUGCUGGGGGAUCACAAACAGCUGCGGCCCGUGGUCAACAACGAUGCCUGCCGGAGCCUGGGAAUGGAAAAGUCCCUGUUUGAGCGCUAUCAGAGCCAGGCCUUGAUGCUGGACACACAGUACCGGAUGCACAAGGAUAUCUGCAAGUUUCCUUCGAAGGAGUUUUAUAACAACAGGCUUCAGACCUGCCCUGAUCUGAAACGGCCCUCAAGUGUCUUUUUCCACAAAGACAAAGCCUGCUGUCCCAUCGUCUUUGGUUACAUCGAGGGUAAGGAGCAGAGCCUCCUCGUCUCCACGGACGAGGGGAAUGAGAAUUCUAGAGCCAACCUGGAGGAGGUGGAGCAGGUGGUGCGGAUAGCGAAGCAGCUAACUCUGGUUGGCACCAUUAAGCCCAAGGAUAUUGCCAUCCUAAGCCCCUACAAUGCCCAGGUGGCCGAAAUCAACAAGCGUCUCCUGAAGGAGGGGAUGGUUGGAGUCACAGUCUCUUCCAUUAUGAAGAGCCAAGGGAGCGAGUGGAAGUAUGUGAUCCUCAGCAUUGUGCGCUCCUGCCCCCGCUCGGACAUCGACAGGAAACCCACCAAGAGCUGGCUGAAGAAGCACCUGGGAUUUGUCACUGACCCCAACCAGGUCAAUGUAGGCAUCACCCGAGCCCAGGAGGGAUUGUGCAUCAUUGGAAACCACUGCCUCUUGAAGUGCUGCCUGCUUUGGAAGCGGCUCCUGGAUUUCUAUCACCUGGAGGGUUGCUGUGUCCCCGCUUCUAACGUGUGCGUUAGAAAGAGACCGGCCUUCCUCUCCUAAGGCUGGGCUCACAGCCAGGACAGCAGGCGGGAAGACCAGGACCGGCCCUGUAGCCAGGCGACCCCUCCUCUCCUCGAGCCACUGGAUCAUCACACGCCCCCGGGGGCAGAUAAGACUGCUACUCGCCCCCUUUUCCCUCCCCAACAGCAUCUCCUGAUUCCUCUCAGUACGUCUGUCGAAGUUUUCACCUUGGACACCGGAAGCUCCAACAUUUUACACUUUUCUUAUGAAAACAAACAAAAAAAACCAACCAAAAAAAGUUUUAUUUUAUGAAAACUGCCCCCACCGUGGGAGCCAUCCUCAGUUGCUCCCCAGGUGCCUUCUGGGACGGUGGCUUUGCCUCAAGGACCAAAAGGACACGCCCCAGCUCAGCAGAGCCACCCGACCACAUUGGCCCACAGGGCUUCGGCCCUUCCUGUCAGGGACCAGCCUUCCGAGAACCAGCAAUCCCUUCGAACGCCUAUGUAAAGUCUCUCCCCUGGCCCUGAGAGAAGGACCCCGGACCCUGGAAGGCCAUUUUAUUUAUUAAAGCGGAAGGACCAUUUGGUUUUAACCUGAAGGGAGAAGCAGGAAGAGAUUGUGAUCCUCUUGGCUCCUUUUUUGUUUAAGUGCUCUUAAUUGAAAAUGUAAAUAUCCAUUUAUGAGCAAGGGGGCUGGAGGCACAAUGAACUCCUCCCAACCUGGGCAACAGAAAGGAGUUCUGGGAAAAGUGGAUUUCCAUCGCAGACUGCCUGUCCAAGCCAUGUCUCGUGCGCUUUACUUGAAAGAUCCAAGAAAGAGAUAACUUUUAUAAAUGCUUUUUUAACUUAUUAUCUCUGGACCUCUUUUGGUUUUUGAUCUUUGGCCCUGAUGUUCCUCUCGUGUCAUACGUCAGAUGUGUUUUCUCGUUAUUCUAACAGCCAAAUUCCGGCCGGAGGAAGGGGGGCAUGAGAUGGAUUCAGGGCUGGUGAGGCCCCACCUGACCGAGGGUGAAGUGCUCCUCUGGAGGAGGGGGAAUAUUGUCCAGAAUUCCACUGCCGACAGUGUUCCACCAGGAUCAAAACCUCACAAGUCCUGGCCGGCUUAAACCCUUCUUCGCAGAUACCUCCUGAGAAGGAGGUGAGGCUUCUGGGGCAGCAAUUUUAAACCAAAUUCAAAGAAAACUCGCUGUGUUUGCACUAGUAACUUCAGGAGCGCUCCUGUGGUAAUGUGAAGGAAUCGUGCAAUAAACCCUCUCCCUCCCCGACCCUGAGGGGAAGCCACUGGCCUCCAGGCACCUGCGCGGGGGCUCGGGGCUGGAAUUCCUCACAGGUGGAAUGGGCGGCCUAGCGGGACCAAUCCGAGUUGGAGUGGCGACAGAUGUCACGGAGCCUUUGGGACCAAACUUUUUCCGCUUUCCUCGCCACGACUGUAAGAGCCGCUCCUUCCCUCAUCCGCAACCGAACUCCGAGGCCCUCGGGCACCUUAUCGGGGAGGGUUGGGGCCGAGAGGUGAGAGGAGCAGAAGUUGCCAAGCCCCACGGUUUCCUCAGGGGGGAGGGGAGCGGGUUUAGAGUUCCGACCAGACCACGAGUCAGUGGUUCCAAGCCUGCUGCGCCCAGGGAGUUGGCAGCUAUCCCGUUGCAAAAGUUCUCUCUCUCUCUCUCUCUCUCUCUCUCUCUCUCUCUCUCUCACUCACCUUCAGCGCUCUCAUGCCCAGUCCUCUAUGCGUGUACUGUUUGUAGGCACCUGUGGGAUUCUGUUACCUGUGAGAAAGCACCCAACUUUCCCUUCGCUCGGGGUGAAAGUAAGAGUCAUUAGUACGUGACCCUGGAGUCGGGGUUUCGUUGGGCGUGCGUAUGCGCCCUCCGGGUACCAUUUCAAGCAUUUUGUGGGGCAUCUGUUUGUGCAAAGUUAUUGUUAUACCUGCUGCUUUUCUAAAACAAUUCUGGCACUUAUUACCUACCUAUGCAUUCUUCAUAGUGCCUGGCACCCUGAACCCUGGACCCUCAGUAAAUGAGCGAGGCGGGGAUGGUCAAAGUUACUGGGCACCGUCUAUUUAUGAGGAGAUUCGUUGGCAUCUAGUUGCAGUUUUUGUCAUUUGGUUUACCUGGGUCAGGAGGGCCCGAAAUCCUCCCUCCUACUUAAGACAGAGACAGCUCUCCCUUUCAGGCUCUCUCACUCUCUCUCUAACUCUCUCUCUCUAACUCUCAUCCUCUCUCUUUUCCUCCCCCCUCACAAUCUGGGGCUCUUGUGGUUUUGGCUGGAAAAAGCCCUCAGCAUUGUGGCUGCCAUUAUUUCCCAGUUAGCAACCCAUCUGGCACCUUUCCUGCUCAGGAGGGAGUGCGUCUCUGCCCCGGCCAGCACAGUGAGCCCCUUCACACCCCAAUCUCCAGAGUUCACUCCCGAGUCGGAGAUAAAGACCUCAGCCUUCCCUUGGCAUUGCCUUUUUGUGACUUCUCUCCCCUCCCUAACUACUUCCCCCCACGGUCCCCCUUGUCCUGGCCUACCAGCUAAUUUUCUCCCCCCGGGGAAUCCGGGUUUUCCCUCGAGGGGCUCUGCACUGUGGAGAGGAGGGAGCCAUAGCCUGCCAGAGGGGAAGUCUGGGCAAGGUGGCACACAGCCCUGGGUAGCGGGGGGCAGCUGGGCUGGUCCUGAUGUCUCUCCUCCGGGACUCCCCCUUGCCGUGCCCGUGCAAUAAUGGAUUCCGAACAGUCUCUGAGAUGCAAACCGAGGCCCCUGGAUGGGAACAGGUUUGAUAUACGUAUUUUAGAGUCUUUGUAUACUUCUCCCCACCUCCCAGUUUGUGAUUUCUACUGGCUUUAGGACCCUUUUGGAAAAAGGUGUAUUCUGGCUGAUUCUCCUGUUUUUAAAUCAAGGACGCGCAGGCUUCCACCUCCCUUUUGAUACCCGAAACGUGACUGUAUGGACUGCUCUGAUUGGACAUUAAAUUAAUUUUAUUACAAAGACAA